AAAGGUAAAAAGUAAAGGCGACAAAAGGAAAAGAACUCGGUAACCCUCCAUUAUUUCUUCUUCGGCUUUGCCUACUUUAGCCAUUAUAAGCAACAAAGUGAAGGAGUAGAGUACCCAUUUGUAUUUGCGGUAAAAACCAUGGAGGAGAGGCCAGAAACAGAGUUGAUAUCCAUCCCGGCGACGCCACGGGUGUCUACGCCGGAGAUACAGACACCGUCGGGGCAGAGGUCGCCAAGGCCGAUGUCAAAGGAGGCGAAGUCGUCGACGGGGUGGACGCCGACGUCGUUUAUUUCGCCGAGGUUUUUGAGCCCCAUUGGGACUCCGAUGAAGAGGGUUUUUGUUAACAUGAAGAGUUACUUAGAGGAAGUGGGUCAUCUCACUAAGCUUAACCCGCAAGAUGCUUGGCUUCCCAUUACUGAGUCUCGAAACGGGAAUGCUCAUUACGCUGCAUUUCACAAUCUUAAUGCUGGUGUUGGGUUUCAAGCUCUGGUCUUGCCGGUUGCCUUUUCUUUUCUCGGCUGGAGGAUUAUAAUCAAAUACAAUCUAUCUUUUACGUUGCAAGUUUCUUUCUUUCCUGGUCCUGCGUUUACACGCAAUCAGAGAAAUUUGACUAAACUGUAUCUGGGUGGGCUGUCUCUAGUAGGAGCAGUGACAGCCAUCACUUACUCAACUAUGGUGUGGGUGCUCUCUGUGAGCCAACAAAGGCCUCCUAGUAUCUCAUAUGAGCCCCUUUCAUUGCCAUCAUCUGCUGCUAAUUUCUUCUCGGUUAUGAAUGCACUUGGAAUUAUAGCCUUUGCAUUCAGAGGCCAUAAUUUAGUUUUGGAGAUUCAGGCAACAAUGCCAUCAACCUUUAAGCACCCAGCCCAUGUCCCAAUGUGGAGAGGAGCCAAAGUUGCAUAUGCCUUCAUUGCUAUGUGCCUCUUCCCAAUUGCCAUUGGAGGUUUUUGGGCAUAUGGUAAUCUUAUGCCUUCAGGAGGGAUCCUCAAUGCACUUUACGCUUUCCACCGCCAUGACAUUUCAAGAGGGCUACUUGCACUGACAUUUCUUCUAGUGGUUUUUAAUUGUCUCAGCAGCUUCCAAAUAUACUCCAUGCCAGCUUUUGAUAGCUUUGAGGCUGGUUAUACUAGCCGCACAAACCGCCCUUGCUCUAUCUGGGUCAGGUCUGGUUUCCGUGUUUUCUAUGGAUUUGUCUCCUUCUUCAUAGGAGUAGCCCUCCCUUUCCUCUCAAGUCUUGCUGGUUUGUUAGGAGGACUCACUCUUCCAGUCACAUUUGCCUACCCUUGCUUCAUGUGGGUUCUGAUAAAAAAGCCCACCAAAUACAGCUUCAAUUGGUAUUUCCACUGGAUCCUUGGUUGGUUAGGUGUUGCUUUCAGCUUGGCCUUCUCUAUUGGUGGUAUUUGGAGUAUUGUAAACAAUGGACUGAAGCUGAAGUUCUUCAAGCCCAACUAAGAAGCAGAUCCAAAGUCCUUAUAAACAGGUCAAUUCUGUAGAAUAUAGAGUCGAUUGUCAAAAUCUUGUUUUUUCGUAUCAGCUCAAAAUUCCUACAGCUUUUAUGUGUCAAUGUAUGUGAUGGAUUUGGGUUUGAAAGUUCUAUAAUUAUAAGCACUACUUGUUUGAGCAUGCCUAGAUUGACCUCUACUUUUUUCUCAAUGUCUCCCUAUGAAGAAAAUUGAUGAUAAUCA